AUGACUGAAAGGCGUGAUUCAACAAUUGAUGGUAAUUCAACAGCAUUUGAUUAUGAUAAUUAUAUAUUAUCAAUGAUUGGAGAUGGACAAUCAACAGACAAUUCAUCAGGCAGUGAUGACAAUGCCAAAACAGAUUAUCGCUUAUCAUUACCAUCAUCUUCACAUAUUAAUACAUAUCGUUUGAAUAUAAAUCCUGCGAUAAGUGAAAGAAGAAAGAAAUUCUUAUCACGUAUUAUUACUAUUGUUGCAAUAUUUCUUCUUGUUGUUUGUAUUUUACUUGUUACAUUAACACUUCGACUUGCACAUAAAAUUGAUGAACUCGUUCGUCUUAAACAACUUAUGCCUAAACCAAAUACAUUCUUACUUAUAUCAACAACAACAACUGCAACAACAACAUCAGCAGCAACAACAUCGUUAAAUAAUCUUGUUCAUAGACGACGAACAUCAUCAUCAUUAUUUACUUCCAUCAUUAACAAACAAUUAGUAUAA